AUGGGUAACCUCAACGCCAACCUCGUUCUGCUGAUGCUGGCUCUCCUGCUCUCUGCUCUUCCCCUCAAAGGAGCAUCCAACACUGAUGAGUACAUACCUGUGACUCCCGUCAAGUACUUGACUCUGGCCAAUGUGCCCGGCGGUGUGCUGGCCGGUUACAAUCAGUGCUCGGACUGCCGGUGUUGUUCCGCCAACAACCCGAGCAACUGCGUGACGACAAAGUGUUGCUACAAGUUGAUCUGCCACGAGGCCACCAAUCCAGCGGCCAUAUGCUCGUAUAGGCCGGUGGCCUGCCACUGCGACAACUGCAUUUGA